UGAGCUCCUGGUAACAUCUGGGGAGAGCAGCUGCGCACUGAGGGCUGCAGGAUGCGCGUCUUCACUCUUCUGUGGAUCCUCGGCUUCCUGCUGAAAGAGGCGCAGGCGUGGGGCUACAAAAACGGAAUAUUUCACAAUUCCAUAUGGCUGGAACAAGCAGCUGGAGUUUACCAUCGGGAAUCGCGCAAAGGGAGAUACCAGCUAACAUAUAAAGAGGCCAAGGCUGUCUGCAAAUACGAGGGAGGGAAGCUGGCCACCUACAAACAGCUGGAGGCGGCUCGUCAAAUAGGUUUCCAUGUGUGUGCAGCUGGAUGGUUUGACAAAGGACGUGUUGGCUACCCCAUCAUCAAAGCUGGUGCCAACUGUGGUUUUGGGAAGGUUGGCAUCGUCGACUACGGCUACAGGCUGAACAAAAGUGAGAGAUGGGAUGUGUACUGCUACAACCCACACUCCAAGGAGUGUGGUGGGGUGCUGACAGAUCAGCAGAAGAUCAUUCAGUCUCCUGGCUUCCCUGAGAAGUAUCAGGACGAACAGAUCUGCUACUGGCACAUCCGUGUGCGCCUGGGCCAGAGGAUCCGCCUCCGCUUCCUGGAGUUUGACGUGGAGGACGACGCAUCGUGUCUGGCGGAUUACCUGGAUGUGUACGACAGCUAUGAUGACGUCUCAGGCUUUGCUGGGAGAUUCUGUGGCGAUUAUUUACCUGAAGAUAUCAUCAGUACAGGAAACGUCAUGACUCUGAAGUUCCUCUCUGAUGCUUCAGUUACAGCCGGGGGCUUCCAGUUACAAUAUACUGCCUUAGAUGCACCUCUGUUUUCACACAAUUACACCCACUUUUUCGACUGAUCAAUGCUUUGAUCCUGUUACUGUAUUUAAAGUUAUUGGUUACCUCAUGUACUGUAAUUAAUACGUCUUUAUAGCUUAUUCUGUCAAAUAAACAAGUUCAUUAAAUUGUGUUGUUCCU